AUGGCGUCCGGGUUGUCGCCUCGUCUGCUAUCGCUUCUAAAGUUUAGGCUUGCUGUCACUGUUUCAGCAUCCAUAUUUUUCAUCAUUGGAGGAUAUUACAAGUUUCCGUUUGCCCUCCCAGUUAUGACUUCCACUUCUGAAAAACUGAUCUUCACGAUGCGAUGUCAACUGUUUGGGGCCUUAACAUUGUUUAUGGGUAUUCAUGGUGUCGGAGGAGUUCGGGCAAAGUCGGACGCCGCGAGUGACCCAAUCAGAGGGAAUGGUGAACAUCUCGUCUAUGUACCGAAGAGAAUUCUACAAAAUACUGUAGAACAGUUCGUCUUCCAUUUCAUCGGUCAGCUCGUCUUAUGUACCUAUCUGUCAUCGGAGGCGAUGAAAAUCAUCCCCGUUCUCGUCGCCCUAUUUGUCAUCGCCAGAAUUGUUUACCAGAUCACCUACAAGAUAGAUGCCAUGUUGCGGAUAUAUGGAUUUAUGAAUCAUCCAGAAAUCGACGAUAACUAA